UGGGAUUGUUAAUUUUAAACAGGCAAUGGGUUACUGAAACUGUUUAAUGUCAUUGGAACGUGAAGUCUUCAAAAACAUUUCUUGUCUAUUUUGAAGGGGCAUAUCUUUCAAAAAUAGUGAUGCUGAAGUUUUUCAUUCAAUUGUCCAGCAAAAGAUGACAGCCGGUCCUGGUAAGCUGUUUAGGCCAUCGAAUGUCACACCGUCAAAAGAGGUGUUAUUCAAGUUGAGAGAGAUCACUGGAAAGUCCCCAGAGCAAAUUAAAUAUGCAUAUAUGGCCUGCAGUGGGGACAUGAAAAAGGCAGUUGCACUUUUAACUGGAAAUCAGACUGCAGAUGCAAAUGAGGGCACAUCUCAACUUGAUGAAGCUCAGGAUUUGUUGGCUGCCAAGGAAACAAGUCAGAAGGAGGUAAUUGAAAUAAGUGAUGACAAGGACGAUGAUCUUGCCAAAGCAAUUGAGCUGAGUCUUAGAGAGGCCCAUGGAGGAUUUGGUCUAGCUGUUUCAGAGGAAGACAAGGAAAUUAGCAAGGCGUUAGAAGCGAGUCUUGUGGACAACCGAUCUGGUAACAAAAGAAAACGUGGUAACAUUUGGAUGUCGUUUAUCGACCCUGAAAACCCUCAUGAAAGGAAGCGAAAAGAAGGCGUCCCCGUUGGUUUGAAAAACAUUGGCAACACUUGUUGGUUUAGUGCCGUGAUUCAGUCCUUGUUUCAUAUCCCCAAAUUUCGAAAUCUGGUACUGAACUGUGGACUGUCGCAAGAUCUCGAUACCAUAAAGGACCAGCCCAAGCUCGCCUUUUUAGCAGAGCUGCAGAAGUUGUUCAUCUUACUGCUUUGCAGCAAAAGAAAAUAUGUCGACCCAGCAAGACCCAUUGAGAUUCUAGAAGAUGCAGUGCGGAAAACUGGGAAGGAGAAUGCUGGUGAUCAACAGGAUGUCAGUGAAUUCACCCAUGUUUUGUUGGACUGGUUAGAAGACGCAUUUCAAUCUCAUUUUGAAAGCUCCGGAGGUAGAAAUCCGAUUGCAGAGUUGUUUUAUGGUCGUUAUUCUGUAAAUGGGUGCUAUGAUGGAAAAGAGGUGAAAAGCGAAGAGACAUUCGGUGCCCUACCGAUUCACGUGAGAGGCCAUGCCCAUAUUUACGAUGGUCUUGAUGCUGCCAUGGAUAAUAACGAAAUCAAAACGAAUGAUGAUAACUCCGCUGGAAGUUCUUCACAAGAGCAUUGGUUCACCCACCUUCCUCCUGUACUUACGUUCGAAUUAUCAAGAUUCAUUUUUAACCAGCAACUUGCGAGAGCCGAGAAAAUUCACGACCCAUUUAGAAUUGAGCAGACAAUCCAUUUAGCAAGGUAUAUGGAGCAAAAUAAAGCUUUAACUAGAGAAAAAAGACGGCUUGUUGACAGAGCUAAAAGGAAAAGGAAGGAACUCCUAACAAAACUAGAGGGAUACAUGUCAUUUGGCUCUGGGCCUAAGAAGAGCCCAAUAAUAUCCACAUUGGAUUCAACCCUCGAGUUUGUUCGAAUGGGACUAAACAAAGAGGAGGAGGAAACCCCUAUGACAAUAUCACCCAGCUCUUCGCCAAGCUCCAGCACGAUGCAGGAAUCCAUUGAAUCCUCGUCAAUCCUUGCGACUGCGGAGAGCAUUGAAGGCCCAUCACCAAAAAACAUGACUGCGGUGGAGGGCAAUACGUUGAUCGAUUGUCUACAGCGGUUAAAGGAAGAAGUUCAACAAGAAACGGAAGCACUCAAAGAUGCAAUUGAAUAUAUCGAUCGUGAACUGCACCAUGCAUAUGAUGAAGACAUCUUGCAGCAGGUGCCGUACAGACUGCAUGCCAUCCUGGUACACGAGGGGCAAGCCAACGGUGGGCACUACUGGUCGUACAUAUUCGAUGCGCAAAAGAAAAUAUGGCGCAAAUUUAACGAUGUGACUGUCUCAGAGACAACUUGGGAUGAGGUACAAAGGGAGUCAGUUGGGGGAUACAGAAAUGCUACCGCCUAUUGUUUGGUGUAUGUUGACGCCCAACGAAGUGAUUUGUUUCAAGUGGAUCCUGUGGAGGCGGGGGCGUCACUAGGCUUUUCAAAUAUGCAGAGAUUCGCUGCAUCGGAUAAUGAAAAUUUUUGCAGAGAGAUUGAGGAAUGGGAUGCGAAACAAAGGAAAGUAGAGAUAGCAAAAGAAAAGGUUCAGAAUAACGAUAAAGAAAACAUUCCAAUGGCAGUUGAUUCAGCAAAGGUUUCACCAAAAAUGUCCUCGUCUAGCGAUGUGUCUUUGGAGGAGCAGCUGGAUGCCUUCUAUUCUGACCAUCGUCAAAGAAUGUCAAACUACAUUGCACAAAGGAAGACGUAUGAUCCAGAUGGACGUUUGGAAAACUUUGAUUUGUAUUUCUUUAAUUCAGAAGCACCUCGUAGCGUAUUAGACCAAGGAUUCUUGGAAUGGUUCACGGAACAUUUCAGCAACAAGGAACCAAAAAGUUUGUUAUUACAAAAGCAUGCAAAACGGAAACUGAAAAAGAUUCUAGAAAGUGCUGGGGAUAACGAAGAACAUAAGAAAUGGACAAAGUACUACAAAAUGUUCUUAAAAUGCAAUGCCUGUUUUGUAACUGGAGUCGAAGAAUAUUACAAUAAAAGAUUCAGAGGGGCUCUUCCGUGCUUUAUUCAUGCGAUAGAAAUCAACAAGAGGUUGAUGAAUGCUGAAGGCACUCCGGGACACGUCGAUAGCGCCUUAUUGUCAUAUUUUAGAAGGAGCUGUUUACAACACGUCAAUGAGGAAGCCUCGACCAGCUUCCAGAGUGACAGCGAGCAAGAUGUUGAAGAAGGUUGUGCUUUGAUGAGGGAACUUGUCAUUCCCAGCUUGGCCAGCUUUACUGAAACAGACGAUCCAGACGAUUUGCUGAUUGGGGAAAGUUUAAGGGGUCGUUGGUGUGCAUUUGUUGGCUCCCCAGAAAUUCAAGGUCAGAAAAAUGAAAUGCUGGAAGAGAUAAUAAUGGGUUUGGUGGACAGUUGCACAAAAAUGACAGUUAGAGAGCCAACCAUAAAAGGACCCAUUAACGGGACACACCUUUCCAAGAGAUAUUCUGAUGUCAUGGAGCUCCUUAAAAGUGAUGAGUUACUCCCACUGCAGUGAAAGAGGAACCGAUGUUAAUGGCUCGAGAAUGUUCCUGGCAUGCUCUACCUUUUAAGAUUACCGUCACCCGCCUGCUGUUUGUGACUAGGGAUCUGAACAUUUAAACGUAAGCAUGUUUUGAUCUUUUGCUCAAAUGUCUCCAUCAAAUGGUUUAGAGUAACAGUCUUCAAGCACCACUUGUUAUGUCCUAAAAGUCUUUAAAGUUUAAGUAAGAAUUUCAACGCUCGUGUACAGAUAAAAUUGUAACUAUAUAACUUAGUAAAUUACUGAUGAUUUAAAAGUGAAAAGUUUAUGAGAGGAAAAGCUCUAAUGUAGAAGACACAAGGAAUUUGGUUUUUAAGACACCUAUCUUGCUUAAUUAUGGCGUGUUCUUUAUCCCCCUUCACUAAGAAUAUUCUUGUCAAAAUCAAGUGACUGAAAUGUUAAAACAGCACAAACUUUGUGCUAUCCAGUGAAGAGGUUUCAACAAGAAAACACUGAAUAAUUUUUCUAGUAUCCUCAGUAUUCUCUUUGUUGUAAAUGGUAUACAGAAAAUAUUUAUAUUUUUUAUAAUUAUGUUACUGUUUGUACUGUGGUAAAUGAUGAAUAACAAAAGUAAGUGGAUUGUCAUGUA